UUUUCAUCUUAGCUCCUAAUAACAUCCUCCUCUCCCUGGCUUUCUCCACUACCUCGCCUCGUAUUAAGAAAUUGCAAAGCUUAUAAGUGAUAAGAAAUGGCAUCGAAAGUAGCUCCUACGCGCAUUAAUCCUUCGGGCAAACCCGCUUCAGCCGCUGGCCUUCCAAACCAAACUCUCUAUUGUGCCAAUCUUCCAGAUAAGCUUCCAAAAUAUGACCUACGUCUCUCGCUCUAUAUGCUUUUUUCCACCUACGGUACGGUUUUAGAUGUCGUGGCUAUGAAAACAAAAAAGAUGCGCGGCCAAGCCCAUAUUGUAUUCAAAGACGUCCAGGCGAGUACUCAAGCAAUGCGCGCUCUUCAGGGGUUUGAAUUUUUUGGGAAACAGAUGAAAAUUGUCUAUGCUAAAGGUACAUCGGAUGUGAUUGCGAGGCUCCGUGGGGCCUACAAUGUGCCGACCACUGUUGCUGCAUCAGCUGGAGGCGCCUCAACAGAUCUUCAAAAGUCCAUCUUCAGCGGGCCUCCUGGUUCAACCGCAUUACCCUCAAGACCCACUGGGGAAGCGAAUGGGGAGGCUGCAUCUCAGGGAGUCAAACGGCCCCGUGAGGAGGAAAGUGAUGAAGGAGAAGCCCCAAUGGACGAGGAAAGUGAUGUGCCCAUGGAAGAUUCGUCGGACGAAGACUAAGCUUUUAUGACCACAAAAUGGCCGGGAAAGAGUUGGGAGGAACAGAGAACUCUCGCCAAGCUGUGCCUGCUUCAAAAUAAUUUAACCUAGACCUUGGGGGUUUUUCAUGCCCUCUGUUGCAAAGAGUUCAUGUGGCAGAGGGAGACUCAGGCGAUUGCCAACCAUACCGAGCCAUAUAAUGAGAUACGCCUCGGGCGUAACCCGCUGCUGGCCUGCGAUUUGCUUCAUAGCGUCUGCGGUAUUGCAUGGGUGAACGAAGAACGCCGGAGUUCCGGAUUGUGGAUGGUACUACGAAUCAUA